CCGCCCAACUGGAGCCCUGUAAGAGAGAGAGAGAGGGGGCGAGGAAGAGGAGGAGAAGAAGAGAGAGAUGGCGUCGGUGGUGAAGAGCGCGUUGAAGGCGAUCAGAGAGAGAGGCGUCGGCACCUUUCUGAAGGAGCUCAAGGAGGAAGGAUACACGAAAUGCCUUCUCGAUGGCAAUCUUUUGCAAACAAAAAUCCACAAUAUUGGGGCAAGGCUUGUGGGUACUGAUAAAUUUGGCAACAAGUACUAUGAGAAACUUGAAGACACUCAAUUUGGAAGACACAGGUGGGUUGAAUAUGCAGAGAAGGAUCGCUACAAUGCAUCUCAAGUACCGCCAGAAUGGCAUGGUUGGUUGCACUUCAUAACUGAUCGCACAGGAGAUGAGCUUCUGAUGCUAAAACCAAAGAGAUAUGGGGUUGAACACAAGCAAAAUUUCUCUGGAGAGGGCGAUGAGCACAUUUACCAUUCCAAAGGGCACGCUCUUAAUCCUGGACAGAGAGACUGGACCAGGUACCAACCAUGGCAACCCACCAAGACCUAAGUUGCUUGUCUGGAACUUUCCCAGCAUUACUUGGAAAUCUUGUCACUUUCAACAGUGUUUUCCUUUAAUAAAUGAUCUGUACUUGCCUGAAGUUGUGAAAUAUUUUUGAGACAGCUCAUUGAGAGCAACAGACUAUUAAGUUCAUAAGUUGAUGGGUGGAACUUUUUGGAAAUCGUUAUUUAUGAAUGGUGGGUUCUCUGCUCUCUCUCAA